CUAUUUUGUCACAAACUGAGAAUAACAAAUCUCAGACACACACACAGACAACUGUUAGUCUGUCUUGCUAAAUGUUGAAUGAUCAAAGAGCCAUAACCAUAGCCAGCACAAGUAGGAGCAGCCAUCUUCAAGAAGAUCAGCAAGAUGAUCAGGGAUCACCUAUCAUCAGAGACAUCCAUGCUCUAACCCCACCGCGAGCCCCCCGGGGCCCACGUCGCGAAGCUUGGGAAACUAGCAGCCAUAGAUCAUCAUCCCUCUCCAUGGCAUCAUCCACCACUGAGGGUGGUGAGAAUUUCACUAGCAUGAGUAGGGAAUUCAGUGCUCUUGUCCUUGCGGGCUCCACUAUCGCCACUGAACAUGAGUCGGGCUCGAAUAAUUUGGGCAGAAUAGGGGAGGAGGAGAAUUUGCACGAAGAGACCAACCCCUUGGCGAUCGUGCCGGAUAGCAAUCCAUUGGAUCCCGUGCAGUCGCCAAGGGGUAGUGGCGGUGGCGACGGGCUCAUACUUAGUACUAUAGUGAACAGUAAUCACACCGGCGGUGAAGUAACGGUGCAACGAGUGAAGAAAGAGGAGGUGGAGUCGAAGAUUAACGCUUGGCAAAACGCUAAGAUCGCCAAGAUCAAUAAUCGGUUUAAGCGCGAGGAUGCCGUGAUCAAGGGAUGGGAGGGCGAGCAGGUCCAGAAGGCCAACUCUUGGAUGAAGAAAGUUGAGAGGAAGCUGGAGGAGAAGAGAGCAAAAGCCCUGGAGAAAAUGCAGAAUGACAUUGCAAAAGCUCACAGGAAAGCAGAGGAGAGGAGGGCUUCUUCUGAGGCCAAGAGGGGCACAAAAGUGGCCAGAGUUCUUGAAAUAGCCAACUUGAUGAGAGCCGUUGGCCGACCGCCCGUCAAGCGCUCUUUCUUUUGAGCAAUACGUACACCAAUACUCGGCUAGCUGGCAUAAUUAGUCGUCAUAUGUAAAUAUAGUUUGCAAAAUACGUGUGGAAUGCAUUCGAAACUAUGAGUUUUGUAAGGUUAUAUGGGGGGGUCCCUUCACUUUUUGAACCUUAAGGGUUACCCCUAAUCCUUUGUGUGUUGAGUGUGGCAUUGGAGAGUUGAAGAAACCAAGAACUCUGUGUAUGAAUGAUGAUGUGUAUGUCAGUUUUGUGCUUGUGAGAAAAUUCACAAUCACUCUACAGCAUAAAGAUUGUGUCCUACACUUCUCCA